AUGUCCGAUAAUGAGGUCGAUAUGCAUGGCUUUCACGAGGACGAAGAGCCCAUCAUGGACGAGGAAGAAGAACCGACACACGAAAGCGAGCAAAUGUUUCGCGACGAAUCAAAGGAGUCUGGAUUCGAAGCAUCGCUGCUUGCAACAGACCCGACCGCAUCUACCCAUUUGAUAGAGCUGCCGGCAUCCACAGCCUCAUCUUCCUCGUUUACCGGCUAUACGACCACAUUGCUUCCAAUUGAAAAGCGCAUAACGACCAGGUACAUGACCAAGUAUGAGCGAGCUCGGCUCCUCGGUACACGAGCUCUGCAGCUCAGGUGCGAUCCAAUCUCAUUUAUUCCUAGUAUGAAUGCACCGCCGAUGGUCGAGCUUGAAGGAGAGACAGACCCGCUACAAAUCGCAAUGAAGGAGCUUCGAGAACGAAAGAUCCCGUUUCUGAUCCGGCGAUACCUUCCCGACCGUUCGUACGAAGACUGGGCCGUGGACGAGCUGCUGAUGGAUUUUUAA